UCUUUUGUCCCAUUUCGUGUGAGUUUUACGUGGAGAACAGAAUUUCAACCUCCAUUAUUGACCGCAAGUUUUAAUUACUAUAAAUUUCCUUCUACCACUGGCUGCGUAUUCGAGAUUUUGAGAGAGAGAGCUAAAGAGGAGAGGUCCAGAGCAAAAACGACAGACGGGACCAAAAUGGAAGGAGAAUAUGAAAAGUCAGCCUCUGUCAAGACGCCAUUGAUAGUCGACGACCGUGAAAAGCAGAGUCUUUUUAAUGAAACAAGAAAUAAUAAUGGUGGUUUUAGCAAGGAGCAAAUUGUAGAGGAAGUAAAGAAGCAAGUAUGGCUAGCCGGACCCCUAGUGAGCGUAACCCUUUUGCAGUUUUCUUUACAGCUUAUAGCCAUAAUGUUUGUUGGUCAUCUUGGAAAAUUGCCUCUCUCUGGUGCUUCUAUGGCUACUUCCUUUACAUCUGUUACUGGUAUUAGCCUAUUGAUGGGGAUGUCAAGUGCACUGGACACAUUUUGCGGGCAGUCAUAUGGAGCAAAGCAGUAUCAUAUGCUUGGCAUUCACAUGCAGAGAGCAAUGAUUAUACUUUCACUUGUAAGCAUACCUCUUGCAGUCAUAUGGGGAAACACUGGCCCUAUUCUGAAGCUGUUAGGCCAAGAUCCUAGUAUAGCAGAUGAAGCCGGUCAUUAUGCCUUGUAUUUUAUCCCCGGUAUUUUCGCUUAUGGAUUGCUCCAAUGUGUUGUAAGAUUCUUACAAACACAAAGUAUUGUCAUCCCUAUGGUGUUAUGUGCUGGAAUUACAACUUUAAUCCACAUCCUUAUCUGUUGGAUUUUGGUUUUCAAGUCUGCCCUUGGCGGCAAAGGAGCUGCUCUUGCAAGUUCUAUCUCUUACUGGCUUAACUUUUUGUUUUUGGCUCUUUAUGUCAAGUUUUCUCCUUCAUGUGCAAAAACUUGGACAGGACUGUCAAAAGAAGCUCUGAAAGAUAUGCUUACUUUUAUUAGACUCGCAAUUCCCUCGGCCAUCAUGGUCUGCUUAGAAAUGUGGUCAUUUGAGCUAAUGGUUCUGCUUUCUGGCCUUCUUCCAAAUCCACAGUUGGAAACCUCGGUGCUCUCAAUUUGUCUUAAUACAGCAGCAACGGUAUGGAUGAUCCCUUUUGGACUGAGUGCUGCUAUAAGUACACGGGUCUCAAAUGAACUGGGAGCAGGUCAUCCUCAAAUUGCACGUUUGGCGCUCUAUGUUGUACUGGCAGUGGCUGUUACAGAGGGACUUGUGUUGGGAUUGGUCAUGAUACUGAUACGUAACCUAUGGGGAUAUGCUUACAGCAAUGAGAAUGAAGUUGUUACAUACAUCGCCACGAUGAUGCCACUUCUUGCUGCAUCAAAUUUCAUGGAUGGCCUUCAAUGUGUUCUCUCAGGUGCUGUAAGAGGGUUUGGAUGGCAGAAGAUAGGGGCAAUUAUUAACCUUGGAUCCUAUUAUCUUGUGGGAAUUCCUUCUGCUGUCUUGAUGGCGUUCGUUCUUCACAUCGGAGGGAAGGGUUUAUGGUUGGGUAUUAUUUGUGCACUCCUAGUACAAGUGCUGUCUCUUCUUUUCAUUACAAUGCGCACUAACUGGGAACAAGAAGCACAGAAAGCUCAAGAGAGAGUUGAGGAAACAACAUUAGCAGUGGAGGCAUUGUACUGAGUGUGCACCUUUUAUCCACUUCAAUAAAGGCAGCUUCAUAACACAAGUCAUAACUAAACAAAAGAUUUUGACCUGUUGAAAAGUUUAUUAUUGUUUACCCGAAAAAUCGGAUAAUGUUAAAUUUAGAUGUGGUUCUAAGGGUAUGCAAAUUCCUUUGAUACAAAAUGACAAUACAGAUAUUUUUGCUAUAAAGUGGGAAUAAUGAACAGGAAGACUGAAUGAGUUAAAGAAAACAAGCACAAUGAAA